GCUCUCCAGCCUCCGAAAGCCACGCGCGAACCCUCGCUCGGAGUCUCAGGGCGGGGCGAAAUUUGGGGUGGGCGUGUCCUCCCCAAACUAGCCCCUCCUCCUCUCGCCGCUUUCGGUCCUGGAGCGCCGCUAGGCUGCCAGAGGGAAAGGCGAGCCACCUGCUUCGCAACACUCGCCAGCGCCGCCGCCGCCGCCGCCGCCUCCAGUGCCGACGAACGGUUUUUGGGGGGCUCUCCUUCCUCGGAGCUCCUAGCGCCGCCAUUCCUGGCUUCCCAACUUCUUCUUCCUCCUUUGGCUUGGAAAGUUACAGAAAAAAGAGAGAGGGAGAGAGAGGAGAGAAACCCAGCCCAGAAGGGUCCUCCCUGGCUCCCCUCAGGAAAGGAGAGCAGAACGGAGGGGAAAGAAGCAGGCAGCCCUUCACUCUCGGAAAGGGAAGGAAAAGGUGGCCUCUCUCUCGCAUACGACACGCAAGGAAGAAGGCAAAGGGAGGCACGAUGGGGACCUCCUCAGCCGCCGCCGCCGCCGCCUCCUCUUCCUCAGCCUCCAGUGCUUCUGGACGUGGCAAGCUGCGCCCUCCGACGCUGGGGCUCCCGCUCCUGGGGCUCUUCUCGGCCCUUUGCUUCAGGCCAGGACUUGGAUUAUACACAGUAAACACAGUAUAUGGAGAUACAAUUAUUUUGCCUUGCCAUUUAGAAGUUCCUGAUGAACUUAUGUUUGGGAAAUGGAAAUAUGAAAUUGCAAACAAGCCUUCAGUGUUUAUUGCCUUCAGAUCUGCUACCAAAAAAAAUAUACAAUAUGAUGAUGUACCAGAAUACAAAGACCGAUUAAGUCUCUCUGAAAAUUACACCCUUUCAAUUAAUAAUGCAAGAAUUGGUGAUGAGAAGAAAUUUGUAUGUAUGCUUGUAACAGAGGACAAUGUCUUUGAACAGGCUACAAUCGUCAAGGUGUUCAAACAGCCAUCACGGCCUGAAAUUAUAAGUCAAGCAGAGUAUCUAGAGACCGAACAGUUAAAAAUGCUCGGACAAUGUAUUGCAAAAGAUGGUUAUCCAGAGGGAAACCUAACAUGGUUCAAGAAUGAAAUUGUUUUGCAGCCCGUUGAAGGAACUGUAGUCAUCCACGAACAAACUAAUAUAGAUCAAGCAAGUGGACUAUACACUGUAAUAUCUUCACUAGAAUAUAAGCCAACAAAGGACGAUACUGAUGCACAGUUCACCUGUACAGUGACAUACUUUGCGCCAACAGGACAAGAAACAAUACGAUCAGAGUCAGCAGUCUUUGACAUUCACUAUCCUACAGAGAAGGUUAAAAUUCAAGUGCUUUCACAAAGGAAUAGCAUUAAAGAAGGUGAUAACAUUACCCUGAAAUGUUCAGGAAAUGGUAAUCCUCCACCUCAGGAGUUUUUGUUUUACAUUCCUGGAGAACCAGAACCUAUAAGAAGUUCAAGUUUGUAUGCAUUAAUAGAUGUAAGAAGAAAUGCAACAGGAGAAUACAGAUGUUCACUGAUUGAUGAAAGUUUGAUGGACUCCACUAUAAUUACAAUACAUUGUAAAGGUGUGUUAUCCAGGUCUCCAAUGUCAGUAAUGAGCAAAGACACAGGAGAGAGCAAUGAUUCACUAAUUGACAAUACCAGAAUGCGCUCAAGUCCGUCUUUUUCAAGUUUACAGUACCAAGAUGCUGGAAAUUAUAUCUGUGAAACUACUUUGCAGGAAGUUGAAGGAUUAAGGAAAAGGCAAAUACUUACACUGAUAGUACAAGGAAAACCUCAGAUCAAAAUGUCAAAGAAAACCAGCACAGAUGGAUCAUAUAAAACUAUAGCAUGUCAUGUGGAGGGAUUUCCGAAACCAGCAGUGCAAUGGUCUAGCAGUGGAGGUGUCAUAAACAAAACAGAGGAAACUAAAUAUGUCAAUGGAAAGUUCGUUAGUAAAAUCAAAAUUGCACCCGAGGAAAAUGUUACAUUAACAUGUAUUGCAGAAAAUCAGCUGGAAAGAACUGUACAUUCUUUGAAUGUAUCUGCUAUAAGUAUUCCAGAAUCUGAUGAACCAGAAGAAAAAAGUAAUGAUAAUAGGGAAAACGUUAAUGACCAGGCAAAGCUAAUAGUGGGAAUCGUGGUUGGUCUCCUUCUAGCAGCUCUGGUAGCUGGUGUUGCUUACUGGAUAUAUGUGAAGAAAUCAAAGGAUGUCAACGGAGAAUCUGAGAAGGAGGCAGCACAGAACAUUCAAACCCUCCCGAGGUCAGCCUCAAAACACGUAGAUAAAGACCUUGGGAAUAUAGAAGAAAAUAAAAAGUUAGAAGAAAACAAUCACAAAUCUGAAGCUUGAGAGGGAGAACAAGUCAGUCAUCAUUCAAGAGAAUAAAGAUAGACCAACUGAAGCAUGAACAUGGAUUGUAUUUAAGAUAUAUAUGAAGACCUGACGGCUAUUCAUGGUUCAAGUAUUUACGCAGACCAUUCUAUCAAGUUUUCAACCGAAUUUACAGUUAUCUCAAGCUUACAAAAAUAUCAGCAAAACUAAUUUUGGCAGCAGCCAUGAUGAUAGGUCACAAGUUUGUGUUCCGUUUUGAAUAUAUAUUUUUUUUGUAAAUGUCUGCACUGAAGAUUUCUUUUGGUUUGCCUUUAUGUAAAUUUUUUACGUAGCUAUUUUUAUACACUGUAAGGCUUUGUUCUGGGAGUCGCUGGUAAUCUGAUGUAUAGUGUAAUGUUUUAAUUUCCAUUUUUUUUCUGUACCCUUUCCAGAGAUACAUUUCUAUUUCUGAUUGCUAUCAGUAAAGCUCCUACUUUGCACAGCAAGUAUUUAAUUUAUAAGAUUGCCUUAUUGGAAAAUGUUUUUCAAGCACCACUAAAAGGGGGAGGAAUGCAUCUGUUAAAAGGAAGGGGCAAACUAAGUAGUACAUAAAUAAUGGUAAACCUGAUCACCUAUAAAGGACCUGUAUAUAAUUGCCAGAAGUAGAAUCAGGUAUUAAGCGAGAUUCAUGUUGUUAUGUAUGCAGAUGUCUACUAAUAAGUCUUUUUUAGACAGGAAAAUCUUUUUAUUGAUAGCAUUCUGGAAAACUAAUUGUUCUUACAAUUCCAUGAUAUAUAGCGUGAAUGACUGGAAUUAAAAAUUAGUUCUGAAAUAUUUUUGUUAUCCACUGCCUUAAAAAUUAUCUUUCUUUUUACUUUCAAAAAAAUCAGAAUUGGAAGUUUGUGUAUUUUUUUUUAAAGUGAUCAUAUCAAGCUGCAUUUUUCCACAAAAUAGAAUAUAUAUUUUUGUGUGUGUGCGUUUUUGUUAACUACACUACAAAUAUUGCACCUUGAGAUAAUUUUAGUGUUUUUAACUGGUACAUAAUUUAUCAAAAAGUACAUGAAAGUGUAUCAAUGAAAUAAAAUCUUAUGUAUCUUUAGUUACAUUCAAGAUUGUAACUUUAUAAACCUGUUUUAUGCUUGAGAAUUUUUUAGAAGGUUAGCAUAAAAAGAAACGUUUGGAUAGAUCAGGGCAAAUAGACAGCAGUAUUUAGCAAUGUUUUCUCUUUUAGCAGAAGAUUAGCAUCAGAGAGAAUGUAAUAGAUAAUUUUGAUAACGGCAGGAAGAUGUUAUUAGAAUAAGCAUCAGGUUUCUGUUUACAGAUUUACGAGCCAGGAAAACAGGAAGAUCCUGAGGAGAAGGUUAAGUAGAAGGCAAAUGGAGAUGGAAGUUAGGAAAUGUAUUUUGCCAGGGGAGAAAAAACACUGUUGUAAAUUUGUAAAAUGUUAAAUGUCUGGGCAGUAGUGACUGAUGUCUUAAAUAAAAGCUUCCUGUAGUGUAUUGGCAUGGAUUAAAUAAAUGACAUGUCCUAUAAAUUCAA